AUGCAAAGCAAUUUUUUUUUUGUCUUUCAAUCUUCAGAUUUCCUGUUUAAGUUCUUGGUCAUAGGAAAUGCUGGGACUGGAAAAUCCUGUUUACUACACCAAUUUAUUGAAAAGAAAUUCAAAGAUGACUCAAAUCAUACUAUAGGAGUGGAAUUUGGUUCAAAGAUCAUAAAUGUUGGUGGUAAAUAUGUAAAAUUGCAGAUAUGGGAUACAGCAGGACAAGAGAGAUUCAGGUCUGUAACAAGGAGUUACUAUAGAGGAGCUGCAGGUGCUUUGCUUGUCUAUGAUAUAACCAGCCGGGAAACCUACAAUGCACUUACUAAUUGGCUGACGGAUGCAAGAAUGUUAGCAAGUCAAAAUAUUGUGAUAAUACUGUGUGGAAACAAAAAAGAUCUUGAUGCAGAUCGUGAAGUGACGUUUUUAGAAGCAUCCAGGUUUGCACAAGAAAAUGAGCUGAUGUUCUUGGAAACAAGUGCACUAACAGGGGAAAAUGUUGAAGAGGCCUUUGUACAGUGUGCAAGAAAAAUACUCAAUAAAAUUGAAUCAGGAGAACUGGAUCCAGAAAGAAUGGGCUCAGGUAUUCAGUAUGGAGAUGCUGCCUUGAGACAGCUGAGGUCACCACGUAGAGCACAAGCACAAAGUGCUCAAGAAUGUGGGUGUUAAAGAAACAAAACACAAAAUCCCAAAUACUCACUUCAGAUACGGAAGCUGUCCUUGCAAACGGUGUUUGAAGAAACAGACAAAGCGUGAAGGCUAUGCAGUUUUUAAAAACAUCUUCCCGCCCUCUGCAAACAGAGCAGACCACUGCUGACAGAAGGGUGUGGUGUGGGGCAGGAACGUUCACACGGCACACAAAGCUGCAAAGCAAACUUGGUAACCCGGUGGACAAUAUUAAGACUCAAACCUGUACGUAAACAUUUUCCUUUAGCUGUUUUUGUCCUUUCACCUCUUGUUUAAAAGCAUUGCUAUAUACUGUAAAUAAUGUAACGGUAAAUUUACAAAGCACGGUAUACUUACAUAUGCUGAUCGAAUGUUGCACUACAAGCAGUUUAAUAUUUUAUUUUUUUAUCAUAUAAACAAAUUUAACUGAGGUAGGCUUUGUCAUGUUUGUU